GCAGCGGCCGCAGGAGUUUCCCACAAUGCAGCGCGGAGCGCUGUCCCCGGUCCUGAUGCUGAGCGCCGCCGCGGAGCCUCCGCCGCGCCCGCCUCCCGCCCUUUCCCCGCCUGGCCCGGGCCCCGGCUCCCGCCAUGGCUCAGCUCGCCCAGCCCCUGCCCCAGAGCCGUCGGGGGGGCUGGCGGCGGCGCUGGACAGCAGCCUGCGGGCCGCCGUGGCGUUCAAGGCGGAGGGCCAGCGUUGCUACCGGGAGAAGAAGUUCCGGGAAGCUAUCGGCAAAUAUCACCGGGCGCUGCUGCAGCUGAAGGCGGCGCAGGGGGCUCGUCCUGGCGGCCUGGCCACCCCUGCCCCCGGGCCUUCCAGCAGUCCGGGGCCCACCCGGCUCAGCGAGGAGCAGCAGCGGCUGGUGGAGAACACCGAGGUGGAAUGCUAUGACUCCCUCACGGCUUGCCUGCUGCAGUCGGAGCUGGUGAACUAUGAGCGCGUGCGUGAGUACUGUCUCAAGGUGCUGGAGAAGCAGCAGGGCAAUUUCAAGGCCACAUACCGCGCGGGCAUCGCCUUCUACCACCUGGGUGACUACCCACGCGCGCUGCGUUACCUGCAGGAAGCCCGCAGCCGGGAACCCACAGACACCAACGUCCUCCGCUACAUCCAGCUGACUCAGCUGAAGAUGAACCGCUGCAGCGUCCAGCGGGAGGACAGCGGGGCAGGGGCCCGGCCCCGGGGUGUGCUUGGCUGAUGCCCACUGGUGGAGGCUGCACCCUAGCCCCCUCCCAUCAGAUUCCUCCCUGUGUUUGCUGGUAAAGCA